AUGAAGUCCAGCCCCAGCAUCCAGGCUGCCAUCGACCUCACAGCCGGGGCGGCAGGGGGUACAGCGUGUGUACUGACUGGGCAGCCCUUUGACACAAUGAAAGUGAAGAUGCAGACAUUCCCUGGCCUGUACACGGGCCUCAGAGACUGCUUCCGAAAGACAUACAACCAAGUGGGUAUCCGGGGCUUCUACAGGGGAACCUGCCCAGCACUGAUGGCCCAAGUCUCCCAGAGCUCUGUCCUCUUCAUGUGCUACGGCUUUAGUCAACAGUUUGUUCGAAAAAUGGUUGGCUUGGACAAACAGGCAGAACUGAAUGAUCUGCAGACUGCAACUGCCGGUUCCUUUGCCUCUGCGAUUGCUGCCCUGGUCCUUUGCCCCACUGAGCUUGUGAAGUGCCGGCUGCAGACCAUGUAUGAAAUGGAGUUGUCAGGAAAGAUAGUAAAAAGCCAUAACACAAUUUGGUCUGUCGUGAAGAGUAUCCUUAAGAAGGAUGGUGUCUUAGGUUUAUACCAUGGUCUCUCAAGCACUCUACUUCAGGAAGUAAUAGGCUAUUUCUUCUUCUUCAGUGGGUAUGAACUGAGCAGAUCUUUUUUUGCAUCAGGGAGACCAAAGAAUGAACUAGGCCCUGUCCCUUUGAUGUUAAGUGGUGGAGUUGCUGGAAUCUGCCUCUGGCUUGUUGUAUUCCCAGUGGAUUGUAUUAAAUCCAGAAUUCAGGUUCUUUCCAUGUAUGGAAAACAGGCAGGAUUUAUUGGAACCUUGUUAAAUAUCGUGAGAAACGAGGGAGUACUAGCCUUAUAUUCAGGACUGAAAGCUACCAUGAUUCGAGCAUUCCCUUCCAAUGGUGCACUAUUUUUGGCCUAUGAAUACAGCAGGAAAACCAUGAUGAGCAACUUCGAAGCAUCAUGA